AUGGUAGAAAGGAGUCUCCCUUAUGGGGAGAAUGUUCCCAUACGGCAGCUCAUUGAUAUUAUAAAGGAAAUUGGUCCGAGUAGCACAUCGAAUCAAGAGAAUUUUGACAAAAUUCUUGUAGAGUGGAUUGAUAAUUCAAGUAAUUUCACACAUGAGAUUGCUAUUUCAUUUAUUUAUAUGCUAAAUGAUACCUCAAAACACAAUAAAAGUCCUAAAUCUAAAGAAAAAGGCAAUAACGAUUUUUCAGAAGUUUUGAGAGCCAGAUGGAAUGAGUUGAGCAAUAACAAAAAUGAUCAAAAUUUAUUGGUUCAAAGAUCUAGAGAAGACAUUGGGUCAGGUUGGAAUUCUUCUGUAUUUGUUGAAGGAGUAAAUAAAAUAAUGAAAACUCAAGAGUCUAAGAAUAAACAUUUUAAUACUAAUUGGAGUGAUAUUAUUAAUGAAAUUAUCGACAACAGCAACUUAUUAGAUUUAACUGAAAACGAUGGAAGUUUUGAAUUAUUUUGUUCACUUCUUGGAGAAUCAUAUCGAAGGGAUGAGAAUAGAACUUAUAACCCAAAGUACAACGAGCUUUAUUAUAAAUUAGAUCCUUUUUUAAGAGAAUGGAAAAACCCAAACAUUCAAGCUCUUUUUCUUUUAAAAAUAUGUAAAAUGAGCUACGAAAUAAAUAACAGGAGUUAUAACUUACAACAAAAAAACUAUUCAAAUGAUAUAUUAGAAGAUACAUUGAUCGAAAAUACUGUAAACUUUGAUUCAGUCUACACUGAUAUUAACAGCUAUUCAAUUAUAUUGGAUGCAAGCUCAAAAAUCCACAAUUCAAUCAUUUCAAUGUUCGAAUCAGAUGAAUCCCUUUUGGAGCUUGUUAAAGAUGGUUUACUUGGAACCCCAUGUGAUUAUCUACUCGAAUCCAAACUGCCGAAAAUUGGCAUUUUUCAUUCUAGAGGGUCAUGUGGAUUACUAAUCUGUCAUGAUUUGCUCAAGGUAAUAAUUGGUAUAUGUAAUCGAAUUAAUGAUCAAAAACUUUUAGAGCUUCUUAAACAUCUCAUUUUUUAUGAGAUUCCUAGAUAUUCGCCAAUCGGCUUACUUUCAUCUCUUGGGGCAAUUUAUGAUGACUUCCCACAAACUGUUUCAAUAUCUAAUGAGCUAGUCAGCAAAAUAUGUGAUUCUUUUGAUAUUUCAGUGCCUAAUAAUGAAAUUACAAAAGUUUCACUAAUUAAAAUGGCUAUUUCUAGCGCUCAAGAAUUUAUUCUAUUUCCUAUUUCAAAAAUAGUUGCAACUUCUCAUGAGAAAGAAUAUGAUAUUGGUCCACGCUUUGGGGCAAUUAUGCAAAUUAUCUUUGCUUCUUCAGAAAAAUCCAGGAAUGGUAACAAUCAAUCCCAAUUUAUGCGAGACUUCAUUAGUCAGAUAGCAUUUUGUUAUAGAAUCUCAUCUAUUCUUCUAAUCUCGAAGUUAAAUCCACCUUCAAGGGAUUACUUGUGGAAUUUCUUGGACUCUGAAUGGUGUAUCCUACCCCAUUUUUAUAAAAUGAAUGUUUCUAAUUGUUUGUCUCACAUUUUAUCUAGAGAUCAGUUAGAUUUAUUGGAAAAUCUGGAAUAUUCUCAUGAUUCAAUCGACUAUUAUCACUGGUGGUUUCUCUGCAUAGAUAUCAUAUUUUCUGGGAUCAGUGCAUCACAAAAUUUUGAAUUAGGGUUAUCUUCUGAUGUAUGUAACGAAAUUAGCGCUCGUGCUGUUAAUGUCCUAUCUACCCUAUUUAAAGAAGAACUGGAGAAUGAAGAUAUGGAAAUGCCGUUGUUUAUUAUUGCUAUUAUGGACUAUAUUCGGGCGAGGCUUGUAUAUAUGACUUAUGUUUCAGCUGACCUUCAAACUAUUCUAGUAAAUAGAAGAACGUCAUUCCCUUCUUUCGCAGUUGAUAAAGCCGCAAGCUUUAAGGUUUUUGCUGCUAGGAUUGUUCGUAGAAACUUAUCUCUGGGUUCUUCUCAACUAUAUCAGCCUAAAGAAUGUUGGAUUUCUUCAUUCGAAACUCACUCGUUUGCGUUUUCUUGUUGGCGCAUCAGCUCUUCUUCCAUCCUUGCUAUUCAAAAUGCAAUUUUAGAGUUUGGUGCAGAUAUUAAAGGAUAUGAGAAUACUCCUAUUUCCGAACUUUUUGAUGCUUUACUUGAAUUUGAAAAACUCAAAGAUUCAGAUAAUUUACAAGAUAAUGGCAAUUCUUUGGUUUCCAUGAAUAAGGAUAUUGGCUCAGAAAUGAUUUUGAACUCUUCUGUAAAUGGAAAGGAUGAAAGAGAUCUCAAUAAUAAUAUUUCAAAAGCUCUUUUUAACAAUAAAGAUCCCGAACAUAAAGAUAAUACUAAAAUGAAUAUUAACUCUGAAUUUACCGAGGCUGAAAAUGAAAGCAAAGGAUUUGAAAUUAACCAAGUCAAUGAAUUCCUUACCAAAUGUUACUCAGGUGAAAUCACAAUUUCCGAAUUAACUAUUGAAUUAAAGAAAAUGCACUCCCUUUCAAGUGACCCAAGCAACAAUGCUAAAAUUUUUAACACUUUUCUCCAGACGUUAUUUGAUGAAUGUAGAUCUUAUCCCAAGUAUCCUAAUCCUGAGCUAAAAAUCACCGCAGAAAUUCUGGGAAUUUUAGUUAAAGAAGACUUGCUUAUUUCAUUUGGAAAUGCAUUAGUAUUUGUAUUGCGAUGUAUUAUUGAAGCUCUUAGAAAAGGUCAUUGGACUAAAAUGUUCUGUUUCGGAAUAUUUGCAAUGGAACAGUUCAUUGACAGAUUUAUUUCUUUCCCCCAAUUUCUCUCUGCAAUAGUUAAUAUGUCUCAACAUUUAAAAAAUGCAAUUGAGCCAUACGUAGUUUAUUGCGAGUCCUGCAUUUUAGUUCUUCCAGAAAAUUUAAGAAGUAAGCUAUAUAUAGAAAAGAACAUACUUGAGUCGCUGAACAUAAAUCCUCCACCAAAACCUGAAAGUCUUAUUUCAAAAACCUAUCCAGAGAUUCUUAACUUUGAAUACAGACAAAAGGAGAAUAUCGUUAGCGCUAAUAAACCGAAUAUGUCAACUAGCAAACUUGGAAGUUUGGUAGCCUUGAAUCUAUCAGAGAGGAAAUCACUUCCAAGUGGAAUUACAAUUGAUCAACUUCAAGGCUUUGGUUUGGGUAGUUUGGAAAAACUAAUGAAUGAUCCUCAAAUAUUCAAUACAAUUAUAACUCCCUCGGAAAAUGUAAUUGAACACAUUUUCACGAUAUGUAAUACACUUGCAAGUACAAAUAUUGAAACUAAAGCCAUUGAAAUGGCUGAAAUUCUUAAUAGAAACCCGGAAUAUUGUCAUUGGUUUGCAUUUUAUCUAGUAAAAAAUAGGGCGUCUAAAGAGAAAAACAACCAUUCUACCUACAUAAACUUUUUGAUUAAAUUAAAUAAAUUGAUGCCAAAGAUAUCAAGUACAUCAUUAAAUGAAGAAAAGGUAGAAUUGGAAGUGCCAUUGACUCACAAUGGAAACGAAGAAGAAAAUAGAAUAAAUAUUAUUGAGAUUACUACGCUCGCUAGCUAUGAUUGCAUUAAGGCUUUGUUGCGCUAUGCGAGUAUAUUGAAUGAAGUUUCGUCAUUUGUAAAUGUACUUCGCCAUUUAGGAUACUGGUUGGGGCAAAUUACUAUUGGUAUUAACCGUCCAAUUAUCCACAAAUAUUUGAACCCCAGACAAUUGCUGGUAGAAGGUUAUUCUAGAGGCUGUGUAGCCUCUGUUUUACCUUUUGUUUGUAAGAUAUUAGAAAAUGUUAAAGGAAGUUAUUAUUGUCCACCCAACCCCUGGACUAAUAAUAUCUUAUUUACUCUGGCAGAAAUUCAUUCACUCGCCAACAAUACAAACUCACAUAUGUUUGAGGUAGAACUUUUAUUUAAACAGAUAGAACUCAAUUUAGAUGAUUACAUUGGUAAAUCAAACUAUCUCGGUUUGAAUAGCCACCCAAAUUAUAUUGAACAACAUAAGGUCUUAAAUGAAAAGCAAAGAGGGCAUAAUAUUCACCUAAAAAGCCAAACUGAACAAAGUCCCCACAUAAACUUAGGAAGCUCAUUCGAACGUCCAAGUAAUAACAAUAAUAAUAUAAUUAACAACUCUUUAAACCCCUCAGUAAACCUAUAUCAACUUAAUGCAAAUAUUGGAGAUACACAGCUUGCUUCAACUUUCAUGCCUCCUAAUCACCCAUCUCAAAUGGUACAUCAGCAAAAUCAACAACAAAUUUCAUCUUCUGAUAUACAGUUUUGGGCUAACAAAGUAUUAAUUUCCCCAUCCAUUGUCUUAUUUCAGAUACAACCUUCACUUAGACCAUUAGUACCAUUGGCUUUAGAUAGAUCAAUAAGAGAAAUAUUACAGGUUGUUAUUCCAAGAUCAGUUAGAAUAGCUGCAAUUACAACUAGAGAAAUUAUUGGUAAGGAAUUUGCUUUUGAGACGGACGAAAAUAUUUAUAAAAGGGCUGCUCACUUAAUGGUUGCUGCUCUAUCCGGUUCUAUGGCUAUCGCUGCAUGUCGUGAGCCUCUUAGAGUUGCAUUCACUGCUCAAUUAAGACAAGUAUUACAUCCAACACCGUCAAGAGACGGUGAAGACCAUGUAUUGAUUGAACAGGUUGUUCAAGUCAUUUGCAGUGAUAAUAUUGAUUUGGGUUGCCAGAUUAUUGAACAGGCUGUAGUUGAAAAGGCUAUUGAGGAAUUAGAUGAAAUUAUUUCUCCUGGAAUUAUUGCAAGGAGAAAAUCGAGAGAGUCUGGACAUCAAUUUGUUGACACAGAUUUUUAUGGUGGGCCAAACACCCAGAAUUCUGUUGCUUAUUGGUCUUCACUACCAGACAAUCUAAAAUACAGACAUAAUUCUAUGAGGCAUUUGCAGCUUUAUAAAGAUUUUUUACAGUUUACUCUUAUUAGAAAUAUGGAAAGAAGGGAUUCUGUUGCUCAAUAUGAAUUACAAAACAAUAUUCAGUCCAAUCAGUCAAUAAUACCUUUAUAUCAGCAUGGAAACAAUGAUCACUUUAAUAACCAAAGUCAAAAUCAACAAUGGAACAGUUCUAGCACAAAUCAAUAUUCACACCAACCUGAAAAUAUCCAAAACUUUAGUUCAGUCAGAAGUGAUAAUAUAAACUCUCAGGCUUCUAAUCAAUCCCAAACAAACGUUGCAUCUUCAACUAUUGUCCAACCCCCCGAACCGGUAAAAGUACCUCUUGUUUUUGAGCUGGCAUAUCUACCUCUGAUGAUGCGUAUUGAUGAAUGCUUAGGUCAAAUAAAAGAUGUCAUACGUGAAAUAGCCCUUUACCCCCCAAUUUUUCCAAAGCACUUAAUACCUCCAAUCAGUAAUAACUUUAAUGAAAGCUUAAAUAAUAGUAACAAUGUAAUUUGCUCAAACCCACUUGGUUCUAAUAUAUCUCAAUAUACUCCCAAAUCGACUGCACAUCCAGUUCUUGCUGUACUAUCUUCUCUUCAAUCUGACCAUAUCUUAUUUUAUCUAUGCAGAGUAUUAUAUUCUAUUGGAAAGUCUGCAUCACAGAGAGAAGAUGUUUUAAUUGGGAUUUCUCAAAAAUUGUUUAAAACUCUCUUUGAUGCUGGGGCUGCUUUUCAACAAAGUACAACUAGUAUACUUCCUUCAAGCAGAUGCAUAGCAUCUUCUCUUGGUUUUGAUGCAGCACAGUUACAUAUCGAGGUAUUCUUAGGGCUUUGUAAUCAGAUUUCGUUUUACAACUCAAAGUUCUGGUUAAAGCUUAGGAAAGAAGCAAUAGGUUGGUUCAUUUAUACUAUAGAGGAUCCAAAAUACUCGGUUGAUAUUGUAAUUGGAGCUUUGAGAUAUGAUCUUAUUUCCUCAAGCGAACUUGAUAUUUCUUUGUCAAAUAUUUUAGAAACUGCAAUUUCAACACUUAACGACACAAAUUCAGUAAUUGGUGGCAAUAGUAGAUGCAUAAGAAUUAUAGAGUUUAUUUACAAAUUAUUUUUUAGAAGUAUUGAAGAUUGGCAUUAUCCAAUUACUAAGAAAUUGCCAAGUACUACACAGAACUUGAACCGCUUAUCAAAUAAUGGUUUGAUUUUCCAAAAUAACACUAUGUCUGCAAUACAAAUAGUACUUCCGGGACUUUAUUACAAGCCAUACCCUUACACAACUAAUUUGGGUGAACUUAAGAGUAAGGUAGAAAGCAUUCUAUUGGAAUUGGAAUCUAACAAAUCGAUUGUUUUUCAUGAAAUGUGGAUAGGAGAUCAACGCCCAGAGAUUUUGAAUUUUUAUUCAAUAAUUCAAUGUAACUUAGACACAGCAUUGAACCCAAAAUAUAUUGCACUGCCUAUCCCGAUGAAACCACUUCCAGAUAUUACAAAGGGAAUCAACAUGAUUUUCGAUGAAUGGAUUUUGCUACUGAGAAUAACUAUUUUCAGUGGGGUUGGGGGAUCGGAGCGUAAUAACCCAUACAGGAAUUUGUUUCUACAGAGACUUUCUAGGCAAGGACUAUUAAGAAUGGAUGAUACUACAGAAAAACUGUUCACCACUUGUAUAGAAAGAGCGGUUUAUUUGAGUUUGAAUCAAAAAACAGGUGAUUUCAAUGUUUUGAAUCGUUCCAAGUCAGAAAAUACAUCCGAUUCUAACAAUAAUAUGGAUCCAUUUCCAAUAGAUUCAUUGGUAAGGUUAAUUACAACUAUGGCAAGAUAUGUAGAUCCACAGCAAAUGGCUGCAGUCGUGAUAACUCACAAGUUUUUGUCAAUAUUGACUAGAGUUAUUCAUAAAGAUGCAGAGUCUCCAAACUUUAAUCAAAGGCCAUAUUACAGAAUUUUUUAUUCUCUACUACAAGAAUACGAAAGCAUUGGAUUUAAUACUGAGAUGAUACAUUUCACAUGCAUACUAAGUGUGGUUCAUCACCUUCAAUAUCUAAAUCCUAACCGAUUACCCGGUUUCACGUACUCUUGGAUUCAGAUUAUUUCGAGUAAUCGAUUAUUUCCAUAUCUCUUGCGUCAUGUAAAAGGUUGGCAGCCCUAUCAAGCUCUAUUAUUACAACUUUUCAUUUUUAUUUCACCGUUUUUGAGAAGCGUGCAAUUAUCAAGUAAUAUUAAGACGAUUUAUGGGGCACUACUACGAAUUCUAUUGGUAUUACUACACGACUUUCCAGAGUUUCUAUGCGACUACAGUUGCAGCUUCUGCGACGUACUACCCGUAAACUGCAUACAGAUUAGGAACCUAAUAUUAUCAGCAUUCCCUAGAAACAUGAAACUCCCCGAUCCAUUUUUACCUACCUUGAAAAUUGAGAGCCUUCCUGAGAUGAAACUAAUUCCUAGGAUGAUUGCAAAUUAUGGUGCCUAUAUCCUGCACAAUGAUUUGAAAGCAAGUGUAGACAAAUUUUGGGUAACCAGAGAUGUAUCAAUUCUUCCCCAUAUUACCGAGAUUAUUAAACUACCAAAGGAUGAAGCACUUAAAUGUGGCACUAAAUACUCUUUCCAAAUAAUAACCGGGUUAUUGUUAUAUAUUGGAAUAUAUCUCCCAAAUGGAAAUGAUUCUAAUUCAACUAUUGAUAAUUAUCACAAUGGAAUAUACAAUGUAUUUAAUUCUGAUCUAUCAACUAAUUCCAACAUCGAGCCCACGCAAAAGUCGGAUCAAACUGUUAAUCGGAAAAAUGCUCCUUUAGAUAACGUGGAAGACCCAUCUCUUUCAAUCAUUCUAUUUCUUUGCAGGGACCUGGAUAUGGAAGGACGUUUUGCCCUUAUAUCUGCGAUGGCAAACUUUCUUGGAUAUCCUAACUCUUAUACAUAUUACUUUAGCUCACUUAUUUUAUGGCUAUUUUCCAAGAGCAAUGACUCUAUUGUGCAAGAACAAAUCACAAGGAUACUCCUUGAAAGACUUAUAGUACACAGACCGCACCCAUGGGGUCUUUUAAUAACAUUUAUCGAGCUGAUUAAGAACCCAAAAUAUUCAUUCUGGAACUGUUCAUUUGUGCAUCUAGCUCCGGAAGUCGAGAAACUCUUUCAGUCUGUUGCUCAGACUUGUCUAGGCCAAGGUCCUAAUAAGACAAGUUCAGUGAAUCCCACAUGA